AUGAACAGCAGAUUCCCCACGACCCAGCCAUACUUUUUGGAAAUCUUCACACGCCGGUUGCCCUCCUUUGGACUUUCUAAGGAGGGAAGCUGGAGUGACUCAAAUGUAGGAGCUACAGGAUAUACUCCCCUAACGAGGUGUUCUCUAGAACCAGAGGACCGCUUCUUUGCUCCAAAGCACCGCGCUCAGACCUGUAGCAGUAGGACCAAAGCUAUUGCAAAGCAUGGGAUAGUCUUUGUGGUACGGCAACAUGGCUUCUGAGAAAGGAUUACAUUUUUAUGACAGGUCACAAGCUCUGUAGAUGCCAACCACCCCAGCAGUAUCUACACUUGAUAGAUUCCCAAUCAGCACCUAUGAAAGAAGAUUCUGAAGAUGGCAAAUGUCUCUCUCUGCUGGCUUAUUAGCAUAGGCUUUGGUCCAUGACAAAUUGUACUAACGGCAGGGGAACACAGAGCAUGGUGAUUAGACAGAAAAAAAAAAAUAAAAAAAACCCCAACCCAGCUCUGUUGAAAUACAAAGGGAAGGCACAACCCUGAUUUGUCCAGUGACUGCUCUGUUUCCAGUUACAAAGCACAAGACACAUUUUUCUGCAGCUACCAAAACCUCUCUUUUACCAGCUCUUGCUCGGUUUAACCCCAAAGUCCUUUUUUUCCUUCCUAAAUUCCAGCAUUCUUUGGUUUCCCUCUGUUCCAACUAUUCAUGCAAAGCCAGUGCCACGUGUGUCCCUCUCCCACAGGUUAUUCCUACAAGGAGACGGAGCAAUUUGGAGAAGAGAAGCAGGUGGAGGGGCUGCGAAUGGGCCAGGCACCAAAAUCUGGCCUACAUUUUCAACCCUGGCUGUUCUGCUCCCAGAUCCAUAUUUAGGCACAUACAUAGAGCAGCUUGAUUUUUAUUUCAAUGGGAACUGUAGGUGCUCAGGUGCUGCACCUUCCUUAGUCGUUUUCCUGGGGUCAAAGGGGCUGUUCACAUGAAGAGGGGGACUGUUUGAAAGCAAGGGAGGGCUAGAUCUGGCCCAAUAUUCCCGUGGAACAGUAAAUCACUCUCAGUCAGGAAAUGACAGGUACUAUAUGAAGCGAGUUGAUUAUUUACUACCAGGUUUCCAGGCAUGGCAACCAUAAACCCGUGACAUGCCUUCAGUGUGGCUAUAAUUCACAGCCCAGCCUGCCAGCCUCCCAACGUGACCAGCUGUUCCUUUUGGUUUGUUAGGAAGAUUUUGGUCUUUGUCCAUUUCAAUCCGCCCAGGAACCAGCCCCCCCCGGUCUGUUUCCAGGCAGCCAGCAGGGGACGAGCGACCUUGUCCGGUUCAUUCCCGGAGCAGGGUUCGCGGAUCACGUUUCCACGCCGCCUCGGACGCCAGGACUGGCGCGUCACCUGGUUGCAGAGAAACGCGGCGCUGGUGUAGGGGGAGCCGGGAGCCCGCUUUGAGAUCACCUGGGCAGCCGCGCGGUGCGGGUUAGUUUUGGAGCAGCCCUGCCUGUAACCCGGCGGGUGCGGGGGCUGGCUCCGACUCACGGGGUCCCUUUAACUCAGCCGGGGGAGGAGGCGGCACCGAGGAGGCUGGGAAGCGGAUUCACUCCCCCUCCCCAUCCAGAGCAACUAGCAAAAGCGGGUGGCUGCCGCCGCGGAAGGAGGCGGCUACGAAGGCAGCCCAGCCAGCUCCCCUCGCCAGCCGGCUGCGUGCGGGGCUCUCCCAGCGGCGGUCGCCUCUUGCCUCUCCGGCGAGCUCAGGGGCAUGGCCCGCCUCCGCUCGGCCCCGCUCGCCCCCUCUCCUCGCCCGCUGGCCGCCGCGGCGCCGGGCACCCGGCCGGGCUGGGCACCGCUUGCAUUUCUCCCCUUGAGCAGCUAGAGAGCGGUGCAGGGAAUGAAAUCCCCCGUGCAAUAGGCAGGAGCGGAGCUCUCCCUUCCUGUUUGCAGCCGCGCCGGACUGGGGGCGGUGAAACCCAGCGAGUGCCUGGUCGCUCCGACCGGGGCUGGAGCUUCCCCCCUCCCCGGCCCCCCUCCCUUGUCCUCGGAAGCUUCCUCCCCCCCCCUCUCCCAUGGCGGAGACUAAAAUCAUCUACCACAUCGACGAGGAGGAGACCCCCUACCUGGUGAAGCUGCCCGUCCCCCCGGAGAAAGUCACUUUGACAGAUUUUAAAAAUGUCCUCAGCAACCGGCCUGUGCACAGCUACAAAUUCUUCUUCAAGUCCAUGGACCAGGAUUUCGGGGUGGUGAAGGAGGAGAUCUCGGAUGACAAUGCAAAGCUACCGUGCUUCAAUGGAAGAGUGGUGUCCUGGCUGGUCCUGGCUGAAAGCUCCCACUCCGACACGGGCUCCCAGUGCACUGAAAGUCACACGGACCUCCCUCCUCCCAUCGAGAGAACAGGUGGCAUCGGAGACUCACGGCCUCCCUCAUUUCACCCGAAUGCUGCCAGCAGUCGAGAUGGACUGGACAACGAAACAGGAACGGAGUCUGUUGUUAGCCACCGGCGAGAGAGACACCGGCGGAGGAACAGGGAAGGCCAUGAAGACGUCCCUCGGCUCAAUGGGCACCCCAAGCUGGACCGGCACCGCGAGCACCCGCCCGGCUACGACAGCUCUUCCACCAUGAUGAGCAGCGAGCUGGAGUCCAGCAGCUUCAUUGACUCGGAUGAUGAUGAUAACACAAGCAGGCUGAGUAGCUCCACAGAGCAAAGUACUUCGUCCCGGCUCAUACGGAAGCAUAAACGCAGGAGGAGAAAACAAAGGAUGCGCCAGAUUGACAGGUCAUCCUCAUUCAGCAGUAUCACAGAUUCAACCAUGUCCCUGAAUAUCAUCACUGUCACGCUCAAUAUGGAAAAGUAUAAUUUCCUGGGGAUCAGCAUUGUAGGACAGAGCAACGACCGAGGAGAUGGUGGCAUUUACAUUGGCUCUAUCAUGAAAGGAGGAGCUGUGGCUGCAGACGGCCGAAUUGAACCGGGAGACAUGCUUCUACAGGUGAAUGAGGUCAACUUUGAGAACAUGAGCAAUGAUGACGCAGUGCGGGUUUUACGGGAAAUAGUCUCCAAGCCUGGACCCAUCAGCCUAACGGUGGCCAAGUGCUGGGACCCCACACCUAGGAGUUAUUUCACUAUCCCUAGGGCUGAACCAGUGAGGCCAAUUGACCCUGCAGCAUGGAUCUCUCAUACCACAGCCAUGACGGGAGCGUACCCCCGUUACGGUAUGAGCCCCUCCAUGAGCACCAUCACAUCUACCAGCUCCUCACUAACAAGCUCAAUUCACGAUUCGGAAAAAUUGGAAGAAUCUCCCUUGACUGUGAAGAGUGACAUGGCUACUAUUGUCAAGGUUAUGCAGUUACCCGACUCAGGCCUGGAAAUCCGGGACAGAAUGUGGUUAAAAAUUACUAUCUCCAAUGCAGUGAUAGGGGCAGAUGUGGUCGACUGGCUUUACACGCACGUGGAGGGCUUCAAGGACAGACGGGAGGCUAGAAAAUACGCCAGCAGCAUGUUAAAACACGGCUACCUCAGGCACACUGUGAACAAAAUCACCUUCUCAGAGCAGUGCUAUUAUGUCUUCGGGGACCUCUGCAGCAAUAUGGCUGCCUUGAACCUUAACAACGGUUCCAGCGGAGCCUCUGAUCAGGACACUCUUGCUCCCCUUCCACAUCCUGCUGCACCUUGGCCGUUAGGCCAGGGGUACCCCUACCAGUACCCGCUCCCCCCUCCAUGCUUCCCACCAGCAUACCAGGACCCAGGCUUCAGCUACGGAAGUGGCAGUGCGGGUAGCCAGCAAAGUGAAGGAAAGAGCUUGCCGACUAAUCAAAAGGCCACGAUGAGACCCUGAGAGGUGAAGGGCCUGGUUUUCGCAGGUGCGAGUCGCUGAUUUCGGUGGAGUACUCGACGUCCCUGAAAAUCAGACCGCUAGUGGUUUGCUUGAAGCCACGUGCCAGAACUGAGAGUCAGGGACGGAAGUGGCAUUCCAAACUACACGCUCCUGACUUCCACUUCCACACUGAGUGCAGAAGGCCAUUCACCUCCUCUCGUGUGAAAUAAGCAAAAAGAGUGGUGUCUGGAGCAGCCAGCCAAAUACACUGCAACCCUGAAACGCCAUUCCAUGGGGAGCACAAUGACUUUCGCUCUGAUGCAUGUUGCAUGGGCUGCAUGAAUGUACCGCCUCCUUUCCAGCCCUAGGAUCACCUUGCUACUUCAUUCUGAGCAUAGUAAAUAAAACAUGAUUCUGUGGUGUGACUGUCCAGUGGGGGCCCCCUGCAAUUUCUUAAAUACACUGCUUCCGGUGAGUGAAUAUCCCCCUUGGAAACACUGCCAGUAACCAAAAAGCAAGGCUCGGAAGGAGUCUCCAAGCUCGGGUAUGAAUCAUGUUACCGAGAUAAACAUCCAGUAAUUUGCCUGCAGCCCCUCCAGACUUAACCCAACCUCCUUCAUUUUGCAAACCCAGGCUGGAAAUCCCCUGAGAAGAGCUCUCUUGUGAGAUUUCCAGUGCUUGCCCUUCCCACUUCAGCUGAAAACAAAUGUGUAUGGGAGGGAAACCAAAAAAGUUCAGAUCUUCAGAAAAAAAUCCACAUCAGGUCUGUUCUGCCACUGGGGGGGCACUGAUUUUUCCUCAGGGGGUUCACCAGUCACUGUGAGCAACAGAAUAUUAGCUCUUUGCUGCUGGAAUAGGAAAGGUACAGUCUUUUUGUCCAUGCAUCCUGGGUUACCAGCUAGGAGAGUUUCAUUAAAGGCGACGUGAGGGUUUCAUUUUGAAUGGUUCAACACUUUUUUUCUCCCUUGUUCUACUUUUGGAAACUACACUGCUGUGUUGUUUCUUGUUUUUGUAACUGUGUUAUUCCCUUGUUUUGUUCUG